AUGCGCUCGCGCCAUAUCCGCAAUCUCAAGUCCAGCCCUCCGCUCUCCCGCAAAGCACGCUCGCGUCAAGUCUCCGCGCUCGUCAGCAAGUACAGUGGUGACGACGACGACCAAGACCCGGGCAACCCGCUGAAAGACAUCAAGUUCCGAAGCGGGUGCACGGGUGGGGCGGAGACUGCCUCCGACGGCACUUACCUCUCUGGCUUCACAGCGACCUGCAUCGUAGAUGGCGUCGACUGGGUGCCUUACGUCUUCGACCAAUUCCUCCAUGCCGAAUUCAGCGAAAAGGGAAAGGAAAACGAACCGCUGCCCAUCUAUACUUCCUUCAUCGGAUGCCAAGUCCCCGCACACCAGUAA